GCGGCGGUACCGGGCCCGGAACCUCCCCGCGGUGCGCGGCGUGACGGCGCGGACACGGCCACCCCGCGUGGUGACAGCGGAGAGCCGGGACAUCCCGCACCGGGACGGCGGGGACCGGAGCCACGUGGCGCUGCCGGCUGCGACAUCGGCGGAGCGAGGCUGGGACCGGUGCGGCGACACCGGGUGACCGGGACUCGUCGCGCCGUGACGCCGGGUGACCAAGGCCGCUCCGCGCGGUGACGCUGGGUGACCGGGACUCGUCGCGCUACGCCCGGUGGAGCAGCGUCAACCUCUUUGCAGCGCCGGUUGACCGGAGCCCUUCGUGCUGGGACGCUGGGUCACCCACGCCACCCGGCACGGUGACACCGGGCGACCGGGACUCUUCCAUGCUGUGACGCCGGGUGAGCGGGGGCGGCCCCGCUGCUGGGUGACCAAAGCCGCCCCGCACGGUGACCCCGGUGCCAUGCGGCGCCGUGACAGCCAGCCGUGACCCCAGCGCCCGUCCCCAUCCACGGCGGCCAUGGCGGGGCCGUGCGCGGUGAUGCCGGUGCCGGCGGUGCCGGCGGUGCUGGCGGUGCUGGCGGUGCUGGCGGUGCCGUCGGGCGGGAGCUGCCCCGCGCGUUGCGUCUGCGCCUCCAACAUCCUGAGCUGCUCGCAGGCCGCGCUCAGCACCGUGCCCGCCCCGCUGCCGCGCUUCACCGCCGUGCUGGACCUCAGCCACAACAACGUCAGCCGCCUGCGCGCCGACUGGGCCCCGGGCCGCCUGGCUCACCUGCACGCGCUGCUGCUGGCGCACAACGGCCUGGCCUUCGUCUCCACCGAGGCCUUCGCCCACGUCCCCCACCUCCGCCACCUGGAUCUGUCCUCCAACCGCCUCCGCGCGCUGGAGGAGAACCUCUUCAGCGACCUCCCCGAGCUGGAGGUGCUGCUGCUCUACAACAACGAGAUCUCCGCCGUCGACCGCGCCGCCUUCGACAACCUGGGCCGCCUCCGCAAGCUCUACCUGGGCCGCAACCACAUCGCCCGCUUCCCGCUGGAGCUGCUCCGCGACGGCAGCCGCCCGCCGCGGCUCUCCCUGCUCGACCUCUCCGCCAACCGCCUGCGCGCGCUGCCGGCCGCCGAGCUGCAGGCCCUGCCCGCCUGGCUGCGCGACCGCCUCUACCUGCACGGCAACCCGCUGGCCUGCGACUGCCCGCUCUUCCAGCUGGUGGCCCGCGGCCGCCGCCGCCGCCUGAGCGCGGUGCUGGACUUCCAGGAGGAGCUGCGCUGCCAGCUGCCGGCGGCCCCGGGCCGAGCUCCGGUGGCCAUCCUGGCCUUGGGCUCCCGCGAGCUGCUCAACUGCAGCGAGGCGCGCGAGGCCGUGCUGGAGGCCUACCUGGGGGACAGCGUCACGCUGGGCUGCGACAGCCGCCUGCGGGACGGGCACGGCCGCCACUGGGUGACGCCGGGGGGGGACAGGGUGACGGAGGAGGGAGGCAACGGGAGCGCGGCCGUGCUGGCCAACGGGAGCCUGCAGCUGCGGGCGCUGAGGCCGGAGGACGGCGGGACGUACGCGUGCCGCGUGUCGGGCCCGGGCUUCAACGAGACGCUGUACGUGGAGCUGCUGGUGCACAACUUCACGUUGCACGGCCCCCACGACGGCCUCAACACCGCCUACACCACGCUGGUGGGCUGCAUCCUCAGCGUGGUGCUGGUGCUCAUCUACCUGUACCUCACCCCGUGCCGCUGCUGCUGCCGCCCGGCCGACAAGCCGCCCGCCCCCCCCCGAGACGACAGCCUCAAUUCCUCCGUGCUCAGCGCUACCCCCAACCACGCCGUCGGGGAGCCCCCCCCCGGGCCUCGAGCCGCCGGGCACCGCGCCGCGCCGGGGGGGCAGAACGGGAGGUACAAAGGCGGGGGGAGCCCGGCGAUGGCGGCGGGGGUGGGGGCAGCGAGGGAAGGCCCCCGGGCGCAGAGGAAGGUGUCGGAUCCGGACUCGGUCAGCUCGGUGUUCUCCGACACCCCCAUCGUGGUGUAAGGGGGGGGAGGGGGGGGGUGGGCUCUGCAGAGAUGUGAGGACUGCAGGGGGGAUGCUGUGACGUGGAGUACUCCCCCCCCCCCCCCAACCCUCCCGGGGGUCCGGGUGCCGCGGGACCCCCACUGGUGGCAGCACCCAAGCACACGGGGGUCCCUGCUGCGUGGAUGCCCCCCCCCCGCACAGCGCUGCCUCCCGCAUGUUGAUCGUGACGCAUGACCCCCCCUCCCCCGGGAAGCGUGUCCCCCCCCCGAGGCCACAGAGCGCCCACACCAGGGGGGGGGCACGGGGCACAGCCACCCCUGGGGUGCAGCCCCUUUCCUCUGUGCCACAGCGCAAACUGAGCCCCCCCCCUUAGAGCCAUCCUGG